AUGACUCGUGAAGAAUCGGACCAAAAACGACCUGCACCGAUAUUUCACCGUGCCUACACCGCCAAGCCCUCUAACCGAUCAGAGUCUCAAGACCAAAGAGUACAUAGAGUGACUUUGCAGACGCCUGCGAAGGCCUGCACAAGGAACGCACUCGCAACUAAGGCCGGGACUUCUAAAACAUCAUCUAUCGCCAAUAAAAGCCAGCUUCACGUUCAGGUCGAAAAUGAAAACAAAGGAGCUGUUUUAUCCAGCAUGCCAAUCCGUCUAGGUAGGGUUAAAUCAACGGAUCUAGACGAGCCGAUUGAACAUUACAAGCUACCUGUGACUCCAGACCUCAGGGGUGCAGACACGGGUCUUGGGAACGCCGGAAAUAUCAGCUAUUCAGUCCAGCGGCGAGCUACUCCAGUGGGUCCAGCUGAAGCUGCUGCAAUGGCAACCUCACUCUACGGAUCUGGUAAUAGUCUUGUUCGUCGCAAGACGCGACAGGAGUUAAUUGCACUUGUCGGCCUUCAAACCACCUCCAUAGAUGGCGCCGACGAGCUAGAAUCAAGACCAACCAGCCGUAACUUAUCUUCUCUCUCUACUAAUCUGAGAAAGCCGUUGACACAAAGUCCUUCACAUAAAGAAGAUCAAGGUCGGAUGCAUACAGCACACAUAAACCCCGAACAGGCGCUUCAACCCUCUGUGGACUGGCCAACUGCCGCCCCUGUUAUUCAUCCAACUGCUCUGCAGCAUCCGACAAUUAACGAUAGCUGGGACGGAGACCAAACUAAUGUUGACUUGUUCGUGAGUUGUAGAGAACCCUAUGGUCGCUGUGUGUCUGAUUUAACGACUCCCGGGACCGUGACAGACAAGGACGUUGCGGAUCGGCAGUCAGGGCUGCCCAGCGAUGCACUUUUCUUCUCUGUGACACAAUCCAAAGACCUUGUUACUACUUCAGAUGAGUCCACGAGUACUUGCCAUCUUCAUCAGGACCAUAAUGAAAGGUCGCCUUCCGUUCAGCCGAAAAAU